AACUGCGUGAAAUCCGUGUCCUACACCACCCAAACACAAAAUGGAUCAGCAGGAAAAGGCCGCUCGGCGUGCGGCCCUCCGCAACGAGUACUGGCGCACGAUGACCAACCCGCACAAUCAUCUGCGCGGUGAAUGCGGCGGUGUCUUCGACACUGGUCUAGCGCGUUUCCAGGCUAUGCGUGUGUCCCAUUUUGAGCACUUUAAGCCGACCGGCCGCUCAUUCAAGAUUGGAUUGUUUACCGUCGUCAUACCGAUCAUAGUCUAUGCUAAAAUGAUGAAAUAUGAACGAGACCAGCGCGAGCAUCAAUACCGUACUGGUCAAGUGGCAUACGCUGACCGUCGCUUCAAGUUCAUUUAAGCUGGAAAAAAUAUUGGAUUGUGAAGCUGGGCGGUAGAGAAUACGAAAUAAAUUGUGAAU